UGACUUCCAAUGGGCACUGAUCUUCCAUCUAUAAGAGGAAAUCAUGGAGAGCGAGCCUUCGAAUUCUGUGACGGUGUGACCAAAAGUCCAAAACAUAACUCCCUCCUCAAAACCUCCGCUCUCCAGUCUCUCCACUCGCCCACCACCGCCACCGCCAGGCGCCAGCCAUGGAUGCCACCCGCUGCCUCCUCGCGUUCCUGCUGCUCCUGCUCCAGUCCAUUGCUGGCGCAUCCUCCGACACCAAGCAUCUCAUCGCCGCCAGGUUCGCGCUUCGCGACCCCACCGGCGCUCUCGCCGGCUGGGCCGCCGCCACCAACCGCAGCUCCCCGUGCCGCUGGGCGCACGUCUCUUGCGCCAACAACUCCACGGGAGCCGUCGCUGGGGUCAAUCUUUACAAUCUCACCCUCGGCGGCGUCUUCCCCACCGCGCUCUGCUCCUUGCGGUCCCUGGAGCACCUCGACCUCUCCGCGAACCAACUGAUGGGCUCGCUGCCGUCGUGCGUCGCGGCGCUCCCGGAGCUCAUCCACCUCAACCUCGCCGGGAACAACUUCUCCGGCGAAGUCCCGCGGUCGUGGGGCGCCGGGUUCCGCUCGCUUGCCGUGCUGAACUUGGUCCAGAACAUGCUCUCGGGCGAGUUCCCGACGUUCUUGGCCAACCUCACCGGCCUCCGGGACCUCCAACUCGCCUACAACCCCUUCGCUCCGUCACCAUUGCCGGAGAAGCUCUUCGACCUAGCCGGCCUCCGCGUGCUGUUCAUCGCCAACUGCUCCCUCAACGGUACCAUCCCCUCUUCCAUCGGGAAGCUCAAGAAUCUCGUCAAUCUGGACAUUUCGAGGAACAACUUAUCCGGUGAGGUGCCAUCAAGCAUUGGGAAUCUGAGUUCUUUGGAGCAGAUCGAGCUCUUCUCCAACCAGCUCUCCGGUAGUAUUCCCAUGGGUCUAGGGGGGCUCGAGAAGCUGCAUUCGCUGGACAUCUCCAUGAACCAGCUCACUGGGGAGAUACCGGAGGACAUGUUCACGGCGCCGAUGCUUUCUAGUGUGCACCUGUACCAGAACAAUCUGUCCGGUCCGUUGCCGGUGACGAUGGGGACGGCGGCGCCAAGUCUGUCUGACCUGAGGAUUUUCGGCAACCAGUUUUCAGGGCCGUUGCCGCCAGAGUUUGGGAAGAAUUGCCCGAUCGGAUUCCUAGACGCGUCGGACAACCGGCUGUCGGGUCCGAUUCCGGCGACGCUUUGUGCUUUUGGAAAUCUAAACCAGCUCAUGUUGCUGGACAAUGAGUUUGAGGGCCCCAUUCCGGUUGAACUGGGGCAAUGCCGGACACUCGUGAGGGUGCGGCUGCAGAGCAACAGGCUGUCUGGCCCAGUGCCACCAAAUUUUUGGGGAUUGCCCAAUGUCUACUUGCUGGAGCUUCGUGAGAAUGCACUGUCAGGGACGGUUGAUCCUGCCAUUGCCGGUGCCAAGAACCUAUCCACGCUGCUCCUACAGGACAACCGGUUCACUGGUACUCUGCCUGCCGAGCUGGGGACGUUGGACAGCCUGCAAGAGUUCAAGGCCUCCAACAAUGGUUUCACUGGACCCAUACCUCAGUCGAUUGCCAAGCUUUCAUUGCUUUACAAUCUUGAUCUGAGCAACAAUUCUCUCUCUGGAGAGAUCCCAGGGGAUAUUGGUAAGCUGAAGAAACUGGCACAGUUGGACCUUUCACAUAACCACCUCACCGGGAAUGUCCCUUCGGAGCUUGGAGAGAUCGUCGAGAUAAAUACACUUGAUUUGUCAAACAAUGAGCUUUCUGGUCAGUUGCCUGUGCAGUUGGGGAAUCUCAAGCUAGCUCGUUUCAACAUAUCCUAUAACAAGCUCUCAGGGCAUCUACCCAGUUUCUUCAAUGGCUUAGAGUACAGGGACAGCUUCUUGGGCAACCCUGGCCUGUGCUAUGGGUUCUGUCAGAGCAACGACGAUUCAGAUGCCAGACGGGGCGAGAUUAUCAAGACGGUGGUCCCCAUCAUAGGUGUUGGUGGCUUCAUCCUACUCAUUGGCAUCGCUUGGUUCGGCUACAAGUGCAGGAUGUACAAGAUGAGUGCUGCUGAAUUGGAUGAUGGGAAAUCUAGUUGGGUGCUGACAUCCUUCCACAGGGUGGAUUUCAGUGAGAGGGCUAUUGUCAAUAGCCUUGAUGAGAGCAAUGUGAUUGGUGAGGGCGGUGCAGGCAAGGUGUACAAGGUGGUUGUAGGGCCACAAGGUGAGGCCAUGGCUGUCAAGAAACUCUGGCCUAGUGGUGUGGCAAGCAAAAGGUUAGACUCAUUUGAGGCUGAGGUUGCCACGCUGAGCAAAGUUCGGCACAGGAACAUUGUAAAGCUUGCAUGCAGCAUCACAGACAGUGUCAACAGAUUGCUUGUCUACGAGUACAUGACAAAUGGUAGCCUGGGGGAUAUGCUCCAUAGCGCGAAACCCAGCAUCUUGGAUUGGCCCAUGAGGUAUAAGAUUGCUGUUAACGCUGCUGAAGGACUCUCAUACUUGCACCAUGACUGUAAGCCCCCAAUCAUUCAUCGAGAUGUGAAGUCAAACAACAUCUUGCUUGAUGCCGAGUAUGGUGCCAAAGUUGCUGAUUUUGGUGUUGCAAAGGCUAUUGGGGAUGGCCCGGCUACAAUGUCCAUCAUUGCAGGGUCUUGUGGAUAUAUCGCUCCUGAGUAUGCUUACACUCUCCAUGUAACUGAAAAGAGUGACAUAUAUAGCUUUGGUGUGGUGAUCCUUGAGCUUGUUACUGGAAAGAAGCCGAUGGCAGCUGAGAUUGGCGAGAUGGACCUGGUGGCGUGGGUAUCUGCCAGCAUUGAACAGAACGGGCUAGAGUCUGUGCUUGAUCAGAACCUCGCUGAGCAGUUCAAAGAUGAAAUGUGCAAGGUCAUGAAAAUUGCACUGCUCUGUGUCUCAAAACUUCCAAUUAAACGCCCACCAAUGAGGUCCGUGGUGACGAUGCUGCUGGAGGUCAAGGAAGAGAACAAGCCAAAGAUGAAGGCGGCGACAACUCUGCUCAUCUGACCUGGGGAGGCAAACCCAUCUGAACAAUAAUAAAUAAAAGUAGUGUUUGCUCUUCUUGGGAUAAUGUACUAAAACAAUCUGCAUUAUAUCUCAUCUUGAGAAGUUCAUUCCAGGUAGCAGCUAGCUAGGUCUGAAACGCAGCAUGGUGAUUGCUAAACCUUGUAACUGUAGUAGCCUUUUGCUCUGAAUGAGAAAGUGCUGGCUGCUGUCAAUUUUUCUCUGGCAUUUUUUUUUAUGUUCAUGACUUUCCAGGUAGCAGCUAGCUAGGUCUGAAACACAGCAUGGUGAUUGCUAAAGCUUGUACUGUAGUAGCCUUUUGCUCUGAAUG